GUGAGAGCAGCACAUUGAUACGCUGGAGCUGGAGAGUUGGUUGUGUAAGCAGGAUCUGCAGGGAACUACAGAGGGGCUAACAAAAUGUUUGGCACUGUGGUGGUGGGGAUCGGAAUUGCUGGAUCUGUGCGGAUAAGAGACAUGCUGAAUCCGAUGCCUUCCAGCCCUUCUGAGCACCUGAAACUGUUUGGCUUUGUAUCCAGAAGAACCCUCGGUAAUAUUAACGAGGUCAAGCAGAUUAGUCUGCAAGAUGCUCUGGGAAACAAAGAGAUCCAGGCGGCCAUCAUCAGCACUGACAACAAAAGCCAUGAGGAGAAUGUCAGGAUGUUCUUGGAGGCUGGGAAACAUGUCCUUGUCGAGUACCCCAUGGCGCUGUCCACUAGCACAGCACGUGAGCUCUGGGAGAUGGCUGAGCAGAAAGGUAAAAUCCUCCAUGUGGAGCACAUUGAACUUUUGACAGAAGAGUACAAGCAGCUGAAAAAGGAGGUGGCUGGAAAGGAGCUUGUGAAAGGAACGUUACAUUUCACAGGUGGUCCCUUGGAUGAAGAGCGAUCAGGUUUCCCAGCUUUCAGCGGAAUUGCCCGCCUGACUUGGCUCGUUGACCUCUUCGGAGACCUCACUGUCACCUCAGCCACUAGAGAGGAACAGAAAGAAAAGAGUUAUUCCAGAAUGACAGCACAUUUUCAGACUGCAAACAAGAAACCUCUGACAUGGAUUGAAGAAAGGGGACCAGGGCUGAGACGUGAUAAGAAAAUCAACUUCUGUUUCAAAAGUGGCUGCCUGGAGAACCUCCCUGAGGCCCCAAAGUCUGCUGUGGGCCUCUUCAUGCAAGAUCAGAACCUCUUUGCCAAAAAACUGUUGGGCCAGGUCUCCAGAGAAGAGCUGGCCGCUGAGAAGUGGCGCAUCCUGCGGUGCCUCGACCUCGCAGAGGAGAUUCAGCAGCACUGUGAACGGCCGGCGAAAAUCCAUUCCUAAGGCCGCUCUUUAUGAGAAAGGGAAUGUGGUAGUCAGAGGCUGAGUAGAGCUGCAGCUUAGUGUUACCCUAAAGCAGC